CAACUAAAAAUAACACUUUUACUGUUGCACUUGCAAAUUGCAAUUGCACCCCCAAAAUCUAUAAAUAAGCCCUUACUUUUCAGUUUAACAUAUCUUCUCUCUCCAAAAAUCACAAGUCUUAACAACCCAAAGCCAUGAACAAAGAGGAAAAUCAAAAGGAAAUAAAGGUGGGAGAUACAUCUGAUUUUGUCAUGGUUGAAAAGGAAGAAUUGCAAUGUAAAGAAGCUACCCAUGAUUCAGAAAAAGAAACACUGAAAGAAACUGAUGUUCCAGUACAAAUCAAAGUGCGGGAAGCAGAGACAGAGGAGAAGAGUAGCAAAGGUGAACAAGAAAAUGAAGAGACGACAAAUGUAGACAAGGAGAAAAAUGAUGGUUAUUCUGAACUAGAAGAGAAAGAAAAGAGAAGUGAGAAGGAUGCUAAGGAAGCUGAAGAAAGUAAAAUUGAGGAGCAACUUCAGUGCCCAAAGAAUAUAAAAGAAGAAUCAGAGCGAGAGCAAGAGAUAGAAAAUGAUACCAAUAAAAAACGAAAAAAGAAAGAAGAGAAGCAUAUAGGUAAAGAUGAGGUUGAGGACAGGUCUGCAGAUGUAAAACAGGAGAAAAAAGAGGACAAGAAAAACAAAGUAGAGAAGAAAAUUGAGAAGAAGCAGAAGACAGCCAAGAGUGGAGACGAGAAAGCAGAAGAAUCAGGGGAAGAAUUAGAGAAGGACAAAGACAAGAAAGGAGACAAGAAGAAGAAAAAGAAAGACAAAGAGCAAGAGGAUGCAGGUUCACUAGAGGCCGAGUGCAAAGAUGGAAGAGUGAAUGCAAAAGACGAAAAGGAAGAGAAGAAGAAAAAGAAAAAUGAAGAUGAAGAUAAAAAGAAGGAGAAGAAAAAGAACGGGGAGGAUGGUCAAAAGAAAGAAGUAUAUGAAAAGGAGAAGGAAAUGAAGAAGAAACAAAAGGAAAAGAAGCCUAAAAGUGAAGAUGAACAGAAGAAAAACAAGGAUGAGGUUCUGGGAAAGUUAGAGGAGCUGGAGGAGAAGGGAUCUAAGAAAGCUAAGAAGAAGGAAGUCAAGGUUGAGAAAGCAGAAGAAUCAGAAGAAGAAUUAGAGAAGGAGAACGACAAGAAAAAAAAGAAGAAAUCUCAUAAGCAUGAGGUUGAAGAGGAAGCAAAAGACAAAAAGAGUGGGAAGAAGGAAAAGACGGACGAUGGUGAAGAGAAAAAAGUGAAGGAGAAGAAGCUGAAGGAAGACUGUAAAGAAGGGUCAGAAGAGGAAGAGAAGGAAGAAAAGAAGGAAAAGAAAGAUAAGAAGCACAAAAGCAAAGACAGAGAUAAGGAACACGAGGAUAGUGUAGGGUCAUCAGAGAAAGAAAACAAUAAAGAUAAGACGAAGAUGAAAAAGGUUGAUUAUGAGAAAGGUGGAGAAUGCAUAGAAGAGAAAAAGGAAGAAAAGAAGGCGAAGAAGCACAAGGAUGGGGAUAAUUUGGAGGAAGAAUCGGAAGGUGAAGCAAAAAAAGAGAAACUGAAGAAAGAUAAGAAGCUUGAUGGUGAAUCUCAUGUGGAAGAUGAAUCAGCAGAAGAGACCAAGGAGGCGGAGAAGCAAAAGAAGAAAGACAAGAAAAAACCAAAGGAUCCUAAGAAAUGCAAGGAUGAAACUACCACAAGGGAGAAAAACAGUGAUAAAGAAUCAAAGGAUAUUGAUGAACAGGACCAAAAGAAGGAAAAGAAAAAGAUAGAGAGGGCAAAGAGUAAAAAGGACGAGGAAGAAGUCAAAGAUCUUGUGAAGCUAAAGAAGAAGCUGGGGAAGGUUGAGGGAAAGAUAGAAGCCCUUCUUAUAAAAAAGGCUAACCUCUUGUCUCUCGUUAAAGAGGCCGAGGAUAAGAACCAUGAGUUGAUCGAAAAGGUCAAAGAAGUUCAGGGUGCUACAGCUUCCACAAUUCAAACAGUUCAAACAGGGCAGAUGAAGGAGGUGGCGACAAAGAGCAAUGAUCAAACUUUACAACGCGAAAAUGUUGUUGUACUUGUAGCUAAGGAUGUAAGUGUUGAGAAGGAAGAGCAUGGCCAUAUUGACCCUCCUGAGAAGUGUAAAAAUUUAGCUACAACUGAAGGCGAAAGUCAAGCGAUGUAGGAUUUUGUUCAGCUAUUGCUUGUGACGAAAGCGAUGAAGAUGGUUGGUGAGACACUUGUAUUCUAUACUCCGUGUUAUGUGUAUUGUGUGUGUUUACUUUUUAUGAAAUAUAUAUUCAAUGAUGUUUCAUAUGAAUAGAAUAUUGAUAAUUUUGCUGUA